GCCUUUUUGAAAAGCACAGAGUGUGCACCACAAGAAGAAAGAGUUGAAUGUUUCUAAUGUGAGCUGUUCACAAAUUAGUGCGAAAUAUAAACAGGAAUGAAGCGUCGAUUACGAGUUUGUGGUUAGUGUCCAAUAAGGUUAUUGAUUUACAUUUUUGGUUUGUUAUUUGAUCAUCUAUUAGAGACUGGUCAGUGUUUUUGACAUGCAAGUGUGAUUUUUGUCUUUGGAUACAUGUAAAGGAGGCAUAAAGGUUUUCGAUGGCACAACAUAUAUUAUCAGCUGUAGAAUUAGAAUUAUCACCUACAAAAGUAAAAGGAGAUCUAACGGAAAAAGACCUUUCAGUGAGUUUAGAAGACAAGGAUUUAUGGUUGAGAUUUCGAUGUUUCACUAAUGAAAUGAUAGUGACAAAAAAUGGAAGAAGAAUGUUUCCAGUGGUCAAAAUUUCCACUUCAGGCUUAGACCCCAAUGCAAUGUACACAGUGCUUUUGGAGUUCGUUCAGAUGGACUCUCACAGAUGGAAAUAUGUAAAUGGAGAAUGGGUACCUGGUGGUAAAGCUGAAGUGGCCCCUCCAAAUGCCAUUUACAUACAUCCUGAAUCUCCUAAUUUUGGAGCACAUUGGAUGAAGGAGUCUAUAAGCUUUGCCAAAGUGAAAUUGACUAACAAAUCUAACGGCAAUGGUCAGAUAAUGUUGAAUUCCUUACACAAAUACGAACCCAGGGUGCACUUAGUCAAAGUGGGGACAGAACCAAGAAGAGUAUUAACAUUUCCAUUCCCAGAAACCCAGUUCAUAGCUGUAACAGCUUAUCAAAAUGAAGAGGUGACCUCGUUGAAAAUCAAAUAUAAUCCUUUCGCGAAAGCUUUCUUAGAUGCUAAAGAUCGACCAGAUGUUCCAUAUAGCCAGAAGGAAUACACUAACAGUUACACUUCGGAACAAAAUCAAUAUCCGUAUGGAUCUUGGAUUCUGCAGCAUCAACCCAUAUAUUCAACAGUAUCUUCCCCUUCAAUUGGAAAGAGGUCCCAUCGAAUAUCACCAUAUCCUAUGCAGAAACAGAGAUCUUCUUCAAACUCACCAUCACCAACAGAGUACACUCCACCAGAACACAUACAGAGUUGCUCAUUCAACAACAUGAAUUCCUACUCAAGCUGGUCGCCUCUUUCGCCACAACCUACAACAACCAUAGUUGGACCUUCUUUGAACUGUUGGUCGAUACCAUCAUCGCCUCCCUAUACGAUGAGAGGAUAUCAACAUACACCCUUAGCUAACCUGGCAAAUGUGUCAUAUCCAACGUAUUUCAAUCAAGAGCCUUCCUGUAUGCAUCACCAGAACCCGGAAUAUGGCAACAUUUCUCUUGUGAACAGUGACGUCACCUACACACAACUAGAUAGUGGAAAUACAGUAGCAUUUCAAAACGACCUUUUGGAGAAAACAGAAUAUGAAGCAUCUGCAGUACAGAACCCUGCGGAAUCCUCAGAAUCAAGCACCAGUACAACUCCUGUUACACAUGAGUGGAUGAGUCAUAGACAAUACGAAAAUAAGUUAUAGUGAAUUGUAAAUAAAGUGAUGAGAUUUCUUGAGUCGAAUAUUUCGCAGUAAAAACUUCAUUUUUUUGCUGAAGCGUGGGGUGCUCUUGUGAAGUUUUUACUGAGAUAUCUGCUGAACUAAUCAGCAUGGCAACUCAAGUUAUAUGUAAAUAUAAUACAUGUCUUU